UUUGCAAACAAUGGUGACCUCACUACUAAUUUUAAUCCCAAGCCACAACUCAGAAAACAAACGGGCUUUUGUUGAUAAGUUUUUAUUGGUCUUCUCUCGUCUGCUUCUUCUGGAUGGAUCUGAAUGUCAUCCUCAACUCUUCAAAUUUUGUUAGCUAAUAAGAGUUCCAAAAAAGGGUUAGCAGAGCUGCAAGUUUUUAACAGUUGAACUACUCUCACAUUUGCAGGUAAGUUUUAAUGUUCAAAAUCCUCAUUCAUUAAAGUGGAAUUCGUCCCAUUGAGCAUCAUAACUCAUCUUGUGAGGUUGUAACAAUUUACUGCAGCAGAGCUGAGGAUCUUCUACUCCUCUCAUUAUCUUCUCUGCAAAAGAUCACCUACAGGGCUACAAAUACAUUACCACAUUCUCUCCAAUUAAUUGUUUGCUUUCUAGAUCUAACAUUACAAACCAUAAAAUUAAGUUAAAGCUCUAAAAUUAUAUAAAAUAGUAAAAAAUAUCAUCCACCAAAAAAAUAUCGUCCACCCUUCUCAAAUCACAAAAAUUAGCCUUCUAUAUAAUGUUAUUUGUAGAUUUAGUGACUGAUUAAAUUCAGUUUUGAGGUGAAUUAAAAAUUGAAUGAGUCUUUGCGGUUUUAAAAAUUUAGAAACCAAACUAAAUCAAACCAAGUGAGAACUAGGAAAUUUGGCAAGUAGAGCUUCUUUUCUUUUUGAGAAGCAGGGCUCAAAAGAAAAAUGAACUCUUGAAGCUAAACCCUUUUGAACUUUAUUUUCCUACUAUCAAUGUUGUGCCUUUUGUUUUCAGCAAUUGACAAAAAAGAGACCAAAAUGAUUGGUUUGGGCGAAAUCGCUAGAAUGUUAUAUUCAGAUGGUGUCCUAAAAGCCUGCAAAACUGGCUGGUCUCACCUUGGCUAUGUGAUUCACUACAAGAACAACAUUCAAAAACUUGAAGAUGAAAUUAUAGGGCUUGAAGAUGAAUGGAGAAGGAUCGAUGGAAGUGCCCACAGAGCCAGAGACGAUGCAAGAGUUGUUGAGAAUGAUGUUAGGCAGUGGCUAUUGUCUGCGUAUGGAAUGAAAGCAGAAGUCGAGGUGUUUCUACUAGACAUGGUAAGGGAAAACAAGUGGUGCUUCAAAUGCUCAUGUCCAAAUAUAUAUUGGCGUUACUGGCUAGGCAAGGAGUCCGAAAACAAGACUGCUCGUGUUAUUAAACUGAAAGGGGAGGGCACCAAGUUUAUGACAUGCCCAAUGUCACACCGCGCACCUCUCCCAGACGCUGGAUUCACAUUCUCUCUAAAAUAUGAAGCAUUUGAUUCAAGGAAACGCAUCUUUGAAGAGAUCAUGAAAACAUUAGAAGAUCCAAGCAUUAAAAUGAUUGGCAUUUAUGGACCAGGUGGUGUUGGCAAGACAACAAUGGUGGAAGAGGUUCGCCAACUAACAAAGAGAAAUAAGCUUUUUGAUUCUAUUGCCAUGACAACUGUGUCCAAAGUUGUGGAAAAGGAAAAAGUUCAAGGUGAACUCGCAAGUCAACUAGGACUAACGCUAGAUGAGUUUGGAAGAGCAGGUAAACUAUUGAAUAGAUUGAGCAAUGGUCGAAAAAACCUUGUAAUUUUGGACGACGUUUGGGAGCCACUUGAUUUGGCAGAGAUUGGAAUUCCUACUACGGAUGGUGGUAACAAUGAGACACUUAUUAACUUGCCAGAAAUUGGAAUUCCUUUUACAAAUGGUAGUAACAUGGUCUGCAAAGUUGUGAUAACAUCACGGAAACAACGUGUGUGCCAAAUGAUGCAAAAGUCUAAUGAACUGAAAGUUUUCCCAAUCGAAGUGUUAACAGACACAGAAGCAUGGAGCCUAUUUACGAAGAUGGCUGAAAUUUCAGUUAACUCUGGAAUACCCCCUGCAGCAGAAGACGUGUGUAAUGAAUGUGGAGGCUUGCCAGUUGCUAUACGUGCAGUUGCAGCAGCAUUAAAAGGUAAGAACAACUAUGCAUGGAUAGAUGCACACAGACAGCUGAAAAAUUCAAAGCUGAGGGAUAUAGUGGAUAUUGAUCCAAAAUUGUUCUCCUCCUUAAAGUUGAGCUAUGAUUUUUUAGAACCCAAGGAUGCACGGUCAUGCUUCUUGCUUUGCUCACUGUUUUCCGAAGAUGCUGAGAUUUCUGUUGAGGACUUGGUGAGAUAUAGCAUCGGGAUGAGGUUGCUUGAUCAAAUACACCUAAAUACAGUUGAAGACGUUAGAGCUAGAGUACUUACAUUGGUUGAUGGGCUCAAAUCAUCUUGUUUAUUGUUGGAUGGCAAAAACCAAAAUAAGGUCAAAAUGCAUGAUGUUAUUCGAGAUGUUGCUAUAUCAAUCGCGGAAGAUGAGAAAGGAUAUCUAGUGAAACAUGAUAUCAAAAAGUGGCCAGAGAAGGGCACAUAUGAACAUUACUCGGCAAUGUCAUUAAGGUUCACCACAAAUAUCCGCGAGCUUCCCAAUGAGUUGGAAUGUAGAGGACUCCAUACCUUGGUGUUGAAGAGCAACCAUGACUACUCACGAACAGAUGUUCCAAACAAUUUUUUCAAUGGAAUGGAAAACAAUCUUGAAGUCCUGGAUCUGAGUGAAAUUCCUCUAGAGAGCCUCCCAUCAUCACUUCCAACAUUAGUUAAGCUUCGGAUGUUAUGCCUAAAUGGCGGACUGAAGAGAGACAUAGGCUUAGCUUUAUUGGGGAGAUUAAGGAACCUUGAGAUACUUAGCGUUCAAAAUAUGGAAAAGGUUUUGCUUCAUGACGAAGGUGGAACAGGGUUUUCUGAAUUAAAGUAUCUUGAAGUUAAAGAAUGUUAUCAUGUUGAACAUCUUCUUGGCACACCAGAAAUGUUUCUAAAAGCUCAUCCACGAAGUCCACCAUGGUCUUUUUGUAACUUGUGCAAAUUAAUUGUUAAAAGUUGUAGAUCUACAUUUCUAUUCUCCCUCUCCAUUGCAAGAGGUCUUGUGCAACUCCAAUAUCUAAAAAUCGAAGCCUGUGAGAAUAUGGAAGAAAUUAUUAGAAAUGAAAGACAAGGAGAUGAUGAGGAAAUUAUUUUUCAUCAUUUAAAAAAAAUGGUUUUAUGGAAGUUACCCAACCUCAGAAGCUUCUGUUCGAGCACGAAGAACACUUCAACAAUAGAGGCAAACAAUUUUAACCCUUCACAACCUCUCUUUUGUGAAAAGGUGGCAUUCCCUGCAUUGGAGGACUUGGUUAUUCAGGAGUUAGGUAACAUAUUAGGGAUAGCAGGGGACAAACAAUUAAAACACCCAAUCAAAGAAGAAGAGGAAGAAUCCUUUUGGAAACUAAGGAACCUACCGUGUCUCCAACAUCUACAUAUAUGGGGUGGUGACAACUUGAAAGCAAUAGUAGUAGCUAAUAAGGAAGGAGGUGCCUACGAUAAGCCUCUCGUUUUCCCUAAACUGCGUUCUUUACAAUUACGUGACCUGUUGAAUCUGAAAAGUUUCUAUGGCAAUUGUGGGCCUAAAGAAGAAGAGGAAGAAGAAUAUCUCCAACCACAACUCCUCUUUAAUGAAAAGGUACGACUACUGUAAGUUUUAUGAGUUUGUAGAGCUACAAAUUUUU